AACAUUGCAAAAUGUCAGGAAAAGGCAAACAACGUGGAGCGGACAUAAAACAAGAAGAUAUUCUACAAGCUGUUGUCAUUGCAGAUACCUUCAAUGUUCGCUUUGCACCAAUUACAGAAAAGAAACCCAGAACAUUACUACCUGUGGUUAAUGUUCCUAUGUUGGAUUAUACCCUGGAAUUUUUGGCAGCCGGAGGAAUCCAAGAAAUCUUUGUCUUCUGUUGUCAUUUAGCAGACCAGAUCAGAACACAUAUCAGAAAUUCCAAAUGGAAUGAUAGUUCCUCACCAUGUACAGUAACACCUAUACUGUCUGAAGGAUGUUUGUCAAUGGGAGAUGCCAUGAGGGAGAUUGAGGAUAAAUCACUGAUCCGUAGUGAUUUCAUCCUGGUCUAUGGUGACAUUGUCUCUAAUCUGGACCUAAGGUCUAUUAUACAGGAACACAAAAGAAGAAGAGAGAAAGAUAAGAAUGCUGUUAUGACAGUUAUUAUGAAGAAAGCUCCCCCUGGUCAUUGUUCACGGUGUAGGGAGGACGAUUCACUAGUGGCCAUUGACAGUACAAACGACCGCAUACUUCACUACCUCAAAACAGGGAACCAGAAAAAAUUACAACUACCUGUGGAAGUUUUAACAGACAACAAAAACGUACAGUUACGGUAUGACCUUUUGGAUUGUCAGAUAAGUGUUUGUUCUCCACAAGUUCCGGCUUUAUUUAAAGACAAUUUUGACUAUCUUAGUCGGGAUGAUUUCAUUAAAGGCAUCCUCAUGAAUGAAGAGGUUAUGGGUAACACAAUAUUUGGUAAGAUUGUGAGAGAUGAAUAUGCAGCCAGAAUAUCUAAUCUACAGAUGUAUGAUAUAAUCAGUCGUGAUAUUAUGAGUAGAUGGACCUACCCACUGGUUCCAGAUAACAGUAUAAAUAACCAUGACAACAGUUUAUCAUAUGGUCGUCAUAACGUUUAUCUCAGUAAAGAUGUGACACUGGCAAGAGGAUGUAUUUUGGAAGAAAACGUUGUUGUAGGAAGUGGAUCAUCUAUUGGCUGUAAUACAGUUAUAACACAGUCAGUUAUAGGCAAUAAUUGUAAAAUAGGUGAGAAUGUAAAGAUAACUGGAUCUUAUGUCUGGGAUGAUGUUACAAUAGAAGAUAACUGUGUAAUAGAAACUUCAGUCAUCUGUGAUAAUGUAACUUUGUAUGAUGGUGUUACUGUUAACCCUGGAUCAGUCAUUGCUUGGGAUGUAAAAGUUGGUCCUGGAGUACAUCUGCCACAAAGUUGUAUGUUACAAUCACAUCCUGUGGACGAUGAUGAUGAUUUUGGUGAUGACCUUCCUGAAGCUGAUCAAGGUCAACAGAUCACAGAAUCUUCUCCAGAUUAUGGUGCAAAGAGUAAAGCGUAUGAAUAUAGGGCCCCUUGUGACAGUGAUGAAGAAGAUGAAGAACUUAGACAGGACAUUUGGGGCCUUACACUACAUUCAGAUGAUGAUAUAAGUAGUGUAGAUUCUCAUAAAAGUGAUGAAUUCUCUGACGAAGAGGAAGAGAUGCAGGAUGAAAUUUCAAUGUUUUAUGCAGAAAUGAUAGAUCAACUGAGAAGAUCAGAGGAAGAAAACAUUAGCAAUGAAAACAUGAUUCUGGAAAUUAAUUCACUAAAGCAUGCUUAUAAUAUAGCUAUAAAAGAUCUUCAUGGAAUGGUUCUGAAGUCCCUGAUAGAUCUCCCAUUCAGACAAAACACAGAUGGGCAGCAAUUAUUAGUUGAUAUUAAAAAGAAUUUAACCAAACAUUUACCACUAUUAAAAAAUUACAUAAAGCCAAAUUCAACAGAGCCUCAAAUGGAUGGAUUAAUGGCAUUAGAGGAGUUUAGUCUACAAGAACCAAGAAUCAACACAGUUCUAGUCAAGAUAUUACACAUGUUAUAUGAUAUGGAUGUGUUAGAGGAACAAGUAUUGUUUAGAUGGCAUAAGUCUAUACCUCAAGCCGAGGAUGUACCUGAAAGGGAAAGGUUAAGGAAACAGGUGGAGCCACUUAUAAAAUGGUUACAAGAAGCAGAAGAAGAAUCUUCAGAGGAUGAAUAAUAAAUAUAAAAGAUGUGAUGUACUGAAAUGAAAAGUUUAUUUGAUAAAAUCACUAAAAUUAAUAAUGAUACUGUAA